AUGUCAUCAUUCUCGAUCAGUUCCGGUCACCACACGUUGUACGGCACCAAAGAUAACUUGGUGGACCAAGACUUUAAUUGGCAUUGUUAUAAUAACUUUAACAACCAUCAAAAGAAAGGCAACAACAUGUCGCAGUGCGACGUUACAGAAGCCGGUGUCCCUCUCAACUCUCCUGCUUUUCUUUCUUGGCGUAAACUUCAAUUAAGUAGAGCUAAACUCAAGGCUUCAAGCAAAACAUCAGCGCUUUUAUCAGGUUUUGCUAUGGUGGCAAUGGUGGAGAUGCAAAUUAGCGAAGACUCUACGGUACCAGAAGGAAUGCUUAUAGCAUUUGCUAUAUGUACCACCCUUUUAGUUGCUGUUCACAUGUUGGCUCUAAUGAUAAGUACAUGUAUUUUACCAAACAUUGAUGCCGUAUGUAAUCUCCAUUCGGUAAGUCUCGUACAUGAAGCUCCACAUGAACGUCUACAUUGGUAUAUAGAAACUGCAUGGGCGUUUUCAACACUUCUUGGUCUUUUAUUGUUCCUAGCUGAAAUUGCUAUAUUAUGUUGGGUUAAAUUUUAUGAUAUAUCUAAAUAUGCAGCAUGGUCUGCUGUUAUUAUGUUGAUCCCUGUCCUUGUGAUAUUUUUAGCAUUUGCAAUACACUUCUAUCAAUCUAUGGUGGCCCAUAAGUAUGAAGUCACUGUGAGUGGUAUAAGACAAUUAGAGCUUCUGAAAGAACAGAUUGAAGCAGGUGACUUAGAACGCACAAAUGGAUUGUUACUGAAUACGUCAGGCACACAAAUUGUUUGA